AUGACGACUGUUGAGCAGCCAGCUCGCCAUAUUCAUUUCAGCUCAAACUACUCGACUCAAUCCUCAACCUUGCCGGUUCCCGUCCUCACGACCAGCGCUCCGGACGCUGACGCUUCUCCUGACCUAAUGGAUACAAGUUCCGACAACGCCGCCAGGGAUUCUCAGAAUGCUAGUCCCAGAGGCGACAAGCAGGCCAUGCAAUCUGAUCAAGACAAUCAAUCUAACCUGCGGAAUGGAGCUAUCGGUCAACACGCAGUCGGCGCUGCUGCUGCGGCACAGCAGCCUAAGGCCAUCAGCGCAGCUUUCAUCCACAAACUAUACAGCAUGCUCGAAGACCAGAGUAUACAACAUUUGAUUUCGUGGUCCAGCACCAACGAAAGCUUUGUCAUGUCACCUUCAACCGAGUUCUCUAAAGUGCUAGCGUCAUACUUCAAGCACACAAAUAUUUCAUCUUUCGUCCGUCAAUUAAAUAUGUACGGCUUUCACNNAAAGGUAACAAUUCUGACUUGUAUUGGCGAGCACGAGCUAAUGCCGGACCAAAUAGUCAGCGACGUUUUCCAUACAGGAUCUCCCGAUUCACCUUUAUGGGAAUUCAAACACGGCGCCAACAAUUUCAGAAGAGGCGACCUGAACGGAUUGAGGGAUAUCAAACGCCGGGCUUCGAGGCACACUUUGAUACAUCGUGAUUCCUUCUCAAACGCGACACCCAAGAUGACGCUUCAACCACCGCCGCCACCUCCUCCUGGCGCACCAAUGGAGCCACCAAUGCCGGAUCCUGUCGAAGCUCGGCUUAGCAUGCUAGAAUUCAACCUCCAGGACGUGUACGCAAGGUUGGCAAGAUCAGAAGAUGCAUACGCCAAUCUCAGUGCCAAAUGUCAGAUGUUGUCCGAAGGAUUGGCAAGGUGUCACUACGUGAGUUUCGUGCAAGCGAUAUGUAUAUCAGUUACUGACGACAAGCUANNGUGGAGUGGAGAGCUGUCUUCUCAGCUGCUGGGAAUGGUCCCUGACCCGGAGAACGCCAUUCACAGAGAUAUAUCCGCAUUGCGCGCCGAGAUCAACAGGAAUGCGGAUAUCCUGAGGUCGCACGAAGUGCCGCAUGAAAACUUGCAGCCAUCUCGUCCUCCGUACAUGACUGCGCCUUCUUACGACCAUGGCGGUCCUGUCUCUCCCCGUCAGCAAGCAAUGGAUGCUUCUCGCAGACCCUCGUUGCAACCGACUUCUCGCGCUUCUUCCUUCAGGGCACCCAUGCCUCCCCAUAUGACAGCAUCACCUCAUAGAUUUGGUUCUCUUAGCGGUCCCUCUGGUCCACCAUCGCCUUCCUCUAGACAGCCUGCACCUCCGCCACCACCGCCGCCAACUUACACAACAACGCUUCCACCUCCACCGCCACCACCGCCUGCAGGCCAGGCAUCCUUGCAACAUCGCCCAGCAUCUCCUCCCAUGAACCUUUCCCGACGUCACACUUCUGCGGACAUUAGACUACAAGGAUGGAACGGUCCGCCUCACGCAAUUCCUCCACCACCCCCACCUGCGCAUGGAACCUCUCCCUUCACGACAGGAGGGCAGAGCUCUGCACCGUGGCCUACGUCUNNCCCCUUCCGCCAGGGCAACAAUGAAGGGCAGCAAAUCAGGGAUACUCUGGCGCAAUACGAGCUACCACGUGCGACUUCCAGACUUGGCUCCCGACAGACGACGCCGCCUGACUCGGGUCCUCCAUCGUACGCCAACAACAGUAGUGAAGCCGGAUGGCAGCUUCCUGGGCCGAAGUUCUCGUUCAAAGGUGUUGAAGCUUCAGCACCCGGGACUCGUCGAAGUAGUAUGGCUAGCAAUGUGCACUCCCUGCUCAACCCUACAGCAGAUUCGAAUCACGAGCGGGACGGAGAAGACGGGCCCGAAGACAGGAAGCGUAAGAGACUAGGAUAG